GGCAGACCAGCAGGAGCCCAGCUCCGCCCCUCUCCAGUCCCUCACCCUCUUCUGCCUGGCACAGGUCAUUUGGCAUCAGGCAUCAGGCCUUGGAGAUGUGUGUCUGAGGCUGCUGUGUCCUUGAGAGUCAAACCACAAGGAAUCUGGACAUCUGUGCUUGCAGACCAGACCUUUGGGGAUGGGGAGACACAGAACACAUCUCUGACGCUCAGGAGCAGGAUGCCACUGUCAGGGUCUGGGAGGCACAGUCCCUGAGGCACAGGCUUGCUAUCUGCCUGGCCAGGUGCUGCCUGUGGCGGGAGAUAAAGAUCAAGCCUUGUCCUGCCGUCCAGGAGUCAGAUGGCCACGGAGAGAGAAGGAAGCCUUUGACUCAGAGCGAUUGCUGACACUGAACCGUGCUCCCCAGAGGCUGGAUUUUGCCUCUCUGCGGUGAAUGAAGCUUCAGGGGCCUGUGUUUGUGGGUGUGCCCCUCCUCGGACCCAUCCUGAUUUGCAUGUUCACUCACAAUCAGACAUCCGGUUGGUGUGAGGAUGAGAGGAAGCUGUGGUGUCCACCCCACAAGGUCAUAUUGCUUGUCUGGGCGACCAUCUACUCUGUCAUAGGCUAUGCCUCCUACCUGGUGUGGAAGGACCUGGGAGGGGGCUUCCGGUGGCCCCUAGCACUGCCCCUUGGCCUCUACAGUUUCCAACUCACCCUCAGUUGGACCUUCUUGACGCUCUUCUUGACAGCCAACAACCCUGGGCUGGCCCUCCUAGACCUGUUGCUGCUCUAUGGGCUGGUGGCAAGCAUGGUGCUCAUCUGGCAACCGAUCAACAAGCUGGCCGCUCUGCUCCUGCUGCCCUACCUGGCCUGGCUCACCGUGACUAUCGCCAUCACCUACCGCCUGUGGAGGGACAGCCUGUGUCCGGCUCACCAGCCUUCGCCAUCCGAGGAGAGCCAUUGAGGCGCCAGGGUCCGGGAGAGGAGGGAGGGUGGCAAGU